AUGAGUACUACACCUAUGAGUACGAUCACUGUCUUCGGCGGCUUCCCUGAGGAUGGACAGUAUGUCUGGUCGCCCUUUGUUACCAAGCUCGAGGCGCGUCUUCGCUUCGCAGCUAUUCCUUACCGCGUUCAAGCCGGGUCUAUUCCCAACGUCCUUCAAGGCAAGAUUCCAUAUGUGACGAUUGAGACGGCCUCCGGCAAGGAGACUUUCGCCGAUUCAGAUCUCGCCAUCAAGGAGCUCAUCUGCAGUGGCCGUAUGAACUAUCUGAAUGGCGAUCUUACCGGCACAGAAAAGCUUCAGGAUCUCUCGCUGCAGGCCUUGCUGGAAGAUAAGCUCUACACCUUCCAGGGAUAUGAGCGUUGGGUUGCCAACUACACUGUCAUGCGUGACAAAACCUUCGAAUCGGUCCCUUUGUUGAUGCGCAUCAUUCUCGGCAAGGUCAUGUACAAAAAGCAAAUGCGUACUCUCAAGGGCCAGGGCAUGGGCAAAUUUACUCCUGAUGAAAAUCUGGAGAUCCGCCGUGAGAUUUGGGAUAUGCUCGCUCAGACCAUUGAGGCUUCCUAUGUCAUGUGCCGCGGCGAGGAGCCGUUCUGGGUCUGGGGUGGUGAUGAGCCCACGGAGGCCGAUGCUGUCGUCUUCGGGUUUAUUAUUUCUGGCCUAAUCUGCAAGGCUGCUCCCCAGACCAUGGCGUACAUCAAGAACCGCCCCGUCCUUGUUCAAUAUGCCCGCCGCAUUCACGACGCUUACUUUCCCGACUAUGAGCUCUGGGAUUAG